UUCGUUUUUUUUCAUCAGUCGAUAAAUUCGAAAGUUCCUAGAUAAAGUAAGUAGGUAGGUAGAUAGGUAUUAUUCAGUCAUAGUAAAGAGAAUGCAAGAGAAAUCGAAAAAAAGAGUCCCCACUUUGUUCGAAAAAAAAUGUGUAACGGCUGACGCAGGCUGGCAGAGUGGUUGUGGAGGGGCAACAAAGGGAUGAGAGGGGUUUGAACGAAGAAGCACGUGAAAGAGAAGAGAGAGAGAGAGAGAGAGAGAGAGAGAGAAGGAAUGAAAGAGAGAAAGAGAAAAAUGAGAUAGAUAGAAAGAGGGGUGAUCGACGCAGACGCAAACGCAGACGCAGUCGAGUGGCCGAAGAGAAGAGCGGCGACAGGCUCGGUUUAGAAGGGUCGCAGUGUGAGUCAGACUAGAGUGUCGAGGGUUGCCCUGAAAUUCAGUCGGUCGGCAAAGAUCGCGCGUGACGGACGCGUAGCUAUCUUUCUGUCUCUCUCUUUCUCUCUUUCUCUCUCUUUCUCUCUCUCUCUUUUAUUCACUCUUUUUUUUUCUCUCUCUCUCUAUCUCUCUUUCUUUCGCUUUCUCUUUCUCUCUCUCUCUCUCUCUCUCUCUCUCUCUUAUUCUCUAUAUAUCUCUCUUACUCUCUUUCUUUCGAAAGUGAGGCGAGGAUCGAGUCGAAUGAAAAGGAUCGUCGUCGUCGCGUGCGACAUGUCGGCCGAGGAGAGCGAACGUCGUCUCGCGAGUUGACAGGAGAGAAGAAAAGAAAGAGGAGAAAUCAAAAAAAUAAAAGGAGAAGAAGGAAGAAGAGAAGGAGGAGAAAGGAGGAGGAAGGGAGGAGGAUGACGAUGACGAUGAUGAUGAUGAUGAUGACGAUGUCGAAGAAGAGACCGGCCUUGUAAAAAAAAAAAAAAAAAACAGAAAAAGAAAAAAAGAAAAAGAAACUGCUCUUCCUUCUUACCAAACAUUAUUUUCUCGAAUUUUUUCUCUCUUUGACAAACGUUUUUUAUUGAAAAAAAAAAAAAGAAAGAAAGAAAAAAAAAACGGAAAAAAGAAAAGAAAAAGACAAAAAAGAAAAAGAAAAAAGAACGUUGCCUUAAGUAGCGGCCUCUUCAGAUUUGGCCGCUCAUAAUCGUAUCUACCUCUCGAGAGAGCGUAUACACAAUAUAUGUAUAUUUUUUCUAUCGUAUUUUCUACUCGCUCGAAGGUUUAAUAAUUCGUUAGCUUGGAGGAGUGCGAUAAUAAUAACCGAUUAAUAUCAGAGAUGCAUUAGUAUCACGUGCCAAUAUGCAAUAAUCCAAUUAAAUUAAAAAUCGAUCAAAAGGGAAAUAAAAAUUAAAGAGAGAUAGUGGAUUUUUUUCUUUUUCCAUCGUGGAGAAAACAAAGGAGGAUAGUGUUAGUGUAUGUAGUGAGAAAGUUUGCCAAAGUGAUAAUAGUGGGAGGAGAACCAGCGCGUUCGGAUUCUUGCGAACUCUCGCGAGAGGACUCGCCAGAGGACUCGCGAGAGGAUUCGCAGAGAAUCAUCCCUUGUUCGGCAGGGUGGCCUCGCUAAUACGACGCUGCCCAACGGCCGGAGGGCUCGGCGCACCCUCCGCCCGGGAAUGUCCGCCCAACGACGAACCAACGACGACCAAAACGUCGACCGAAACGACGAUCGAAACGACGACGAACAAGAACCCUCGGCGAAAUUUUCUCACCGAUGUGACAUCAAGAAAUCGUCGUUCCUUGAUGGGCACUAGUCUCACCAAACAAAGUAGGAGGGAGGCUACGCAACGAGAUGUGGAACGAGAACGACGACAACGAUUGGAGGCUGAAGCACGGCUACGCGAAGCUACGGCUGAAGCCGAACGAGCACGAUCAAGGGUACAUCAUCUUCAAAGGGAAUUGGCCAGGAUGGAAGAAUCAUCCCGUGGAUUAUUGCAACACAAGCAAAGGGCCGAACAGUUGAAGCAAGAAAAGACUGCCCUCACACUAUCCUACGAGGCACGGGUUCAUCAGUACCAGGUUCAGAUCUCAAAGUUACAAUUGGAGAACGAGUCGAUGCGCGGUCAGUUGCGUGGCUUAGAGGCUGCGUGCGCUGGGGAGGUGCAUGCUGCAUUGGUAGCACGUUUGGCGACCUUGGAGAGCGAACACGCAGCCCUGGCACGUGACGCCGACGCUCAGCGUCGUCAGUACGAGCGGUGCCUCGACGACGUCGCCAACCAGGUGGUCCGUGCCCUUCUAUCUCAAAAGGGUUUCAGGGAAGAGAUCGGUGCGCUACAAAGGCGCAUACGAGAACUCGAAGCUCAAAAUCGAGCACUCUCGGGUCUUCUGGCUCAAGCAGCGAGUCCUGGAAGUCCCACUGAACUAAUUCAAAGUAUACUCGAGGCUGGACCGGCCGCUUUAGUAGCUGCUCUUAGCCUAGAUCCAUCCUGGGUUCCUCUUUCCAGACCACGCUCCCUUAAUCUACAAAUACCCGUAAUGGCGGCUGCAACAAAAUGUCGACGAAACAGACCCACUCUAGGUCAGAAACCUUCAACAGGUUCGGGAACAGCGUCAAAUGGGACAACAGGUGCCACGGAAGAAGAAGGUAGCGAGAGUCCUGAAAGUGGUAACAGGGAUGAAGGUUAUUCGACGAUGUCGAGUGAUGUUCAAGGUGAAGGUGCUCGUCAGGAACCUUCGUCACGUGGAUUAGAAGAUCUUAAAGAGGCAACCGAUGAGACUGAAGGCGACGUUUCUCCGGAUGCACGUUUAAUAGCACUUGAUGCCGGCGAUCCAGAUGUUCUCUUCCUACCUCUCAAUUUAACGCUAGGAAUUAAUCCACGGCAUAGUUAUCCACCGAGCAAAGACCUUCUACCCUAUCAGCACGUGAUGCGCAGCUUCUCGGACAGUCAUCUUUGCUUGAAACUCACAGCGACGAGUAAUUUCACGCCAUACAAAUUACCAAGCCCCAUGGGAUCCUCCUCCCUUCUUCUCGUCGAAGAAGAGGGCUGGGAUGCCGAGUACGUACAGCAAUGGCUCAGAUUGGACGAUAGCAGAAGCGCUCAACAGCAUCGAGAUUUACUCGAGUUGGAAUACGAUAGGGCGGAAUUGGAAGACUGGAGUUUUUCGUUGUCGACGGAGGACCUCGUUCAAACUGAAUCUACAGCGUGGAAAGAAUCAAAUGCCUGUACCGCUAUGCCCGCACUCCCUGCCAUCAAAGAACACAAUCCUUUGGAACUCGAGGAGGAUGCGAACGAAUGUCUAUGGAAUGGUGCCAGCUACCUCGCCGAUAGAGCAGGGGGUGAAUUGGUCGCUCUAUUGAUGGAUACGAGGACUGCAGGACCUUGGCCGUAUGCUUCGAGCCCUGGUGCCUCGUGGAGUAGCGAGGAAGGCGUUUUAGAAAAUUCGAGUAAAAGAUCGUCGGCGGCUCUCUCCGGUUGUAGCGACGAUCCUGACUCACCUUCGAUCGGCACCGAUUUCACCAGGGACUUUUACAGAUUGGUCAAAUUCGAAAGUACCAAAAGUCUCGCGAGUACUUCCUCGAGAAGCGGUAAACCACCAACUGACAGGGAACAAGCCCUUCAAAGUGUCCUAUCCUUCAUAGCCGAACAACAAAUGUAUUUGGCAGAAUUACCGAAUAAUUCUUCGGAACAAAACGAUAUCCCUGGGCCAACCCAUUCGAUUGAAGAAAAUCCUGGAAAUAGAAGCGAAUGUGCCGUCGAAGGUUCUUCCAUUGGUACGGAAAGAUCUCCGUCGUCGCAAGAAAGUGCUAAUUCGGAAAAUAUACUUGAAGUAAACAACGAGGACGAUCCGCUCGAACAAAUAGCAGUACCUCCUUUGCUAACCGAAGAUAGAAUGCUUGGUGUUGUAGGGUCUAGUACUUUAGUAGGUGCUGUAGGUUAUACAACGGUAGCAUCCACCGAAUUAGGUGCCGUUCCCGAAGAAGACGAGGAAGCGGCUACUUCUUCGACCCCUAGCACGGUUGUUAGCCCCGCGAGAGCACCACUAUUGGUUGAAGGUAGGGACAGAUCUUUGAGCUUCCACGAACGAGCAACGUCGAAAGACGUUAUCGACGAAUUAAAUCGAAUGAUUAGAAAAGGCGAAGAUAAUACGGUCAAUCAAGAUCCUCAGGUAGCGCUCGAAAAAUUGGAUCUUGCUUGCUGCUGCCCAACUGGUUGGGUUCACGUUGAACGUGAUAUCGACUUCACAGAUCCUAAGGCCAGAGCAAACCUUCUAGACGUGAUGUUGGCAAGUAGCGAAAGUUCUUCGGCGACCUCGAGCAGCGGUUCCGCUGGUAGUGAUUCCGGGGAUGAACCACCGGAUUACCGACAUUUGCACAGGUUACAUCGAUACCGACGACAAAAAAAAGCAUCAGCGGCACAGGCACAACGCGUCCUAAGACCUUCCACUUGGGGAACUUCGAGGCCGUCCAUAAUCGACCGCGGGGAGGACUUUUUCGUGAGGUAUGGCGAAAAGGAGCGCGAGGCCGUGGCGUCCUUUGAUUUUCUCGACGAGAUGGUCCCGUCGUCCUCGGCCUGCUCGGACGUCGCUUCCGAGCACGGUUCCGACAACAAAAUGGAUGCCAUCGAACAGGAUCACAACAAAAUCCUCACCUCGAGUACCCAGACGACAAUGACAGCUACGUCGAUGACAAUGACAAUGACGAUGACGAUGACGAGGAUGACGACAACGAUGACAACUACCGCUACUACUACUACUACUACUACUACUACUACUACUACUACUAUUACGAAUCCUCUUGAAAUCGACGAUAUGACACGACCUACCGAACAACAACAUUCACUUUAGAAACAGAUACGAUUUUUCCACUUUUCUAUACGCUUUAUGACGCGAAAAAACGAGAGAGGUGUCGCAUAAUUUUAUCAGAUUUUCAUUUAAAACUUGCGCGCCUCGCAUCGUGCCUAGUCCAACAAGUUGCUGGGAUACAGAGAAGAAUGAAAGGAAAAGAACGAUAGGACCAACCUACGUAUGAUGUGUAUUAUGUAUCUGUGUAUGUAUUAUGUAUGUAUGUAUGAAUUUAUGUAUGUACGUAUAUACGUACGUAUGUAUGUAUGAAUGUAUGUAUGCAUGAUGUGUGUAUGCAUGUAUGUAUGUACGUAUGUAUGUAUGCAUGUAUGUAUGUAUGAAUGUACUUACGUAUAUCCUUUCGAAUUGGUUCCGCGCUCUUUUUUUAAGAGACAAAAAACAAAACGAAACACGAUUUCUGUGUUUUAUUUGUUGUAAAAAGUUAUCCGAACUAAUUCCCUCGUCAUCAUUUACAUAUAUAUGUAUGUAACUGGAAUCGUCGCGUCCACCUGCGUACGAAUAAUUCCUUUUCGUUCGCAAAAAGAGGGUGGAAAAAGGUAAUGGUGGCGGGAGGAACGAGCGAAAGGAUAAAAAAGAAAAAAGGAUAUUAGGGGGAAAAAAAAUGAAGAGAAGAAAAAAAAAAAGAAAGAAAACGAAAAAGAAAAAAUCAAUAUAUGUGAAAUAAUACACGUAUAAACGUACCUAUUAGAAGCGUUUAGAAAACGCGUUGAUAAGGAAAUACGGUAGGAUAUCUCCCGAUAGGUUUAAACUACGUCGCUGGUAUUAUUAUUAACGCCAACUAAGUCGGCAUACUUGAUGGAUUUCUCUUUGAGAAAUAAAAUAAUUCAAGCGACGAAAGUAGAAAUUUCCAACGAUACGUAUAUGUGUGUACGAUAAUCAAUAGGAAUAAGAAAACGAAAAUCAAAGUUUCUAUCGAUAAUAAGAAAACGAGUCCUUGUAAUUGUAGUCGCCGUUCCAAGUAAGUACCUACAAAUCGUUCAAACGAUUUACAAAGUUCGAUUUGAAAUACAUACCUACGAUACGAUUUACGAACGCGAGUUACUACUACGGACUGCUGCUCGUAAGAGAACCAUUAGAGGAGCACUGUUGUUGUGUGGUAGAGAACAUUUCUUUUUUUCUCUUUAAGGAAAACAUCUCUAAUGAUCGACAUAUAAAAUUAACUGCGCGUGUCCUCUUCAUAUCAAUCUUCUUCUUCUUCUUCUUCUUCUUCUUCUUCUUCUUCUUCUUCUUCUUCUUCUUCUUCUUCUUCUUCUUCUUCUUCUUCUUCUUCUUUUCUUAAAUAUGGCCACGAAGAGUUGCUCAUUUCUUAGAUUAUAUAACGAUGUUAAAAUCAAUUAUUAUACCAUCGAAGUAUAUAAAUAUAGUAGAACCAUUUCAAGACCGUACAUAUAAUCAUAAAAAAAAGGUAAAUAAAAUAUUCAUUUUCUUUAUCUUUUAUCUAUUUUCUUUUCUUCUUCUUCUUCUUCUUCUUAUUUUUUCUUUUUCGAAAUCUUUCAAUGAAACAUCAACAUCUAAAAUAUAUUUAUAUAUUUUAUAUAUAUAUAAUUAUUGUUUAUUUAUAUAUUUAAUAUUUAAAACAAACGUUAGACAAACGAUAAUGAACAACUCAUAUAUAGAACUUUUGCUUUAAAAAUAUAUACCAGAUACCAUUGACAUCCAUUUUAACGUAAAGAACUCAUUGGUCAAUUAUAUUCUAUUGGACAAAGACAAUCAGUAUGACUCUUUGUCUUUUAAAGUUUCACAAUUUUAACGAUAGAAAAACAGCAGUCCAUUCUAUACGUCGAUCAUAUUUAUUAUGAGAACACGUUCGGCGAUGUAUUACGAUUGUGAUGAAAUAACAAAAAAAGAAAAAAAGAAAAAAAAAAAAGAACAAAAAAAGAAAAAAAAGAAAAAGAAAAAGAAAAAUAGAAAAAUAGAAAAAUAGAAAAAAAUUAAUAAAUAAAUAAUCAAGAACCCAUCUUGCAGCGUCCUUAUCUUUCUAUACGGUAAAAAAAAAAAAAAAAAAAAAAAAAGGAAGAAGAAGAAUAGUCUUUACUCUUUUAAUUCGUCAAUCUUCUCUGGAAAAUUUGAACCAGAAUUGGACGCGUUUUUGUCGCUAUAUAUCCCCUCGUUUUACGAUCGAUCAUCAGAACACGUUCGGUUCUUUAUCGCUCGAUCUCUUAAACGAGAGAUUGCGAAAAGAUAAAAUCUGUACAGUUUGUUUCCGAACGUUAUGUAACAUAAGAAUAGAUUUCACAGAAUUAGUGGGAUUAGUACUUUGUUCCCGGAUUAUCAGAGAUUAGAUGUAGUUGAAUAAAGAUUGUGUCUUUAUAAAAUACGGAAAGAACGAAGCUAUAAGAACGCUUAUAGAUCAUUGGAAAGAGAGAGAGAGAGAGAGAGAGAGAGAGAGAGAGAAAGAGAGAGAGAGAGAAAGAGAAAGAAGAGAAACUAUUAAUAAAGUCAAGCAUUUGGUCAAAUUACUAGGAAAUAAUAUUGUUAGUACGUACGACAUAAUUAAAUUAACGAGUCCAUAGAAAAUCAAGAUAUUUUACACGUAGAUACAUCGAAUACGAACGUCACUUGGUAUUUUGAAUAAAUGGGAGAAAAAGAGAAAACGAAACGAAAUAAAACUAAAGAAAAAAAAAAAGACAAAAAAAAAAGGAUAAAACAAAUGACAAAAAAAAGGCAAAAAAAAAAAAAAUAAAGUGAAAGAAGAAGAAGACUGCAUGGCUAUAAAGUUUUUGUCUUUUCUUUCUCUUUAAUUGGAUCCAAAUAAAAACGCUAAUGAUAGAGAUUCGUUUCAACAAUUACUCGACCUUGGGAGAAAAAUUUAAAUAAAGAAUUAGAUUAAACUUUCUCAUGUAUAUACAUAAUGGCGGUGAUCGAGGCUGUCGUCUGAAAAUAUUCAGGCUAACGAUUUUUUUCGAUUGUGUAAAAAAUAUUAUUCCACGAAAAGUAAGAAACACGAUAUAUGCUCGCCGUCACAACUAACUAUUUAACAGAUUUAGGACGAAGAUAUAACUUAUGACAUUUGAGUUGUUAAUGCUAUAGACGGAAGAUAAAUAUGUAUGUAUGUAUAUCGUCGUUGCGCGCAAAACUAAAAAUCCACAUUUUUCAUAGUCCGGUAUGCGCAACAAUGUAAGGGAAAACAACAACAAAAAAAAAAUGAAAAAAAAAAAAAAGAAAAAAAAGAAGAAAAAAAAAAGAAAACGUGAGAGAACUUUUGUCCUGCAGUCUAGAGAAGUAAUCAUUUUUCGGAUAUAGUUGUAAGAUAUUUGUAAACUCUGUCCGUUACUGUCAUUACGGAGAGAAGGUAGGAAUGAGAGUGAGAGUGAGAGUGAGAGAGAGAGAGAGAGAGAGAGAGGUGAAAUAGAAUAUAUGCGCAUGCGCGUAUCUGUGUGUGCGUGUUGAGAGAGAAAGAGAGAGAGAGAAAGAGAGAGAGAGAGAGAAAGAGAGAGAGAGAGAGAGAGAGAGAGAGAAAGAGAGAAAAAGUGUGAAGCGAGGGAGGCAAUGAACGCAAGCCCGAUUUUACGUUGUAAAUAGUAAUGUAUUAUAGUACAACGGAUGUAAGUUAUCCUCCCUUAAUCUUAAUAAAUUAUGACAAUAUAAGAACAUGA